GACAUUACGUCAUUUUAUAUAAAAACGGACCCAAUAAAUUAAAACGGAGCAAUAAUAACUCAAAUAUUGAGGAAAUAUUAACUGAAACCUAAUAUGAUCAUUGUUCUAGUCGAUGUCAGCAAGAUGAACGCUUCCAUAUGAUGGUUACACGUUUGCUAUAAUUUGUGACAUACCAAAAUUGGAUUGUGUGGAGUUAAUAAAAGUAUACUAUUCCUUAUGAAGGGGACCUUGGUCGUUGCUGACUAAGAAAACUCGUGUAAUAGAAGAUUAAAUCGAAUGUUAUAACCUAACUUUUUGACAUUUCUUUAACCUCAAAAUUUCAGAGAUUGUGGUGGUGUAUCUUCGGCAAAUGGUGAAAAUCCAUAUGUUAAUAGAUGACUUUAAAAAUUUCUGAAUAUUUUUAGCUUUUUUUAAUAAAAUAGUUAAAAUGGUAAGCAUUGAAAGAAAAGGGACAUUUAAAGUGGAAUAUUUGCAACAAAUCGAAAAAGAUAUUCAGAACCGUUGGAAAAAUGAUAGAAUAUUUGAAGUGGACGCUCCAGAUGCUCCCAAAAAAUCUGAGGAUGAAAAAUUCUUUUGCAAUUUCCCGUACCCUUAUAUGAAUGGGAGUUUACAUUUAGGACAUACCUUCAGUUUAUCAAAAUGUGAAUUUGCUGUUCGAUACCAUAGACUUAAGGGCAAAAAGGUACAAUUUCCUUUUGGAUUCCAUUGUACAGGAAUGCCUAUCAAGGCAUGUGCUGAUAAACUUAAGAGAGAAAUGGAAUUGUAUGGAAACCCUCCCAAAUUUCCUAAUGUUGAAGAAGUUAAAGAAGAAGAAAAUGAUGGUAUUCCCAAGGAUAAAAGUAAAUCAAAAAAGAGUAAAGCUGUAGCAAAAACAGGUCCUGCAAAAUAUCAAUGGCAGAUUAUGCAAAGCAUUGGUAUUAAAGAUGAAGAUAUUCCAAAAUUUGCAGAUGCUCUAUAUUGGUGUGAAUAUUUCCCCCCAAAAGCUGUUAGUGAUCUCAACAGAUUUGGAAUUCAUACUGAUUGGAGAAGAACAUUCAUAACUACCGAUGCAAAUCCUUUCUAUGAUUCUUUUGUUAGGUGGCAAUUUAUAAGGCUGAAAGAACGUAACAAGAUUAAGUUUGGCAAAAGGCAUACAAUAUUUUCAGUUAAAGAUGGACAGCCUUGUAUGGAUCAUGAUCGUGCUUCAGGAGAGGGUGUUGGACCUCAGGAGUACACACUUAUAAAGAUGAAAGUUUUACCUCCUUAUCCUAAAAAAUUAAGCUCACUUAGUAACAAACCAGUGUUUUUGGUAGCAGCAACACUAAGACCUGAAACAAUGUAUGGACAAACAAAUUGUUGGUUGAGACCAGAUAUGAAGUAUAUUGCAUUUGAAACGAAACAUGGGGAAAUAUUUAUUUGUACAAGCCGUGCUGCAAGAAAUAUGGCUUAUCAAGAGAUGACAAAAGAACAAGGAAAGUUUGAUAUUAUCUUGGAACUGUUAGGACAAGAUAUUCUUGGCUGUGCUAUAAGCAGUCCAAUGGCAGAAUACAAAAAAAUAUAUGCCCUUCCAAUGCUUACCAUUAAAGAAGACAAAGGUACUGGGGUAGUUACAAGUGUCCCAUCCGAUUCACCAGAUGAUUAUGCUGCUUUGAGUGAUUUGAAGAAAAAGCAAGCCCUUCGUGAAAAAUAUGAAAUCAAUGAUGAUAUGGUUUUACCUUUUGAACCAAUUCCAAUUAUAGAAAUUCCAGAGUUUGGUAAUCUUUCUGCAGUGACUGUCUGUGAAAAAUUGAAAAUUCAGAGUCAGAAUGAUAGGGAUAAAUUGGUAGAAGCAAAAGAAAUGGUAUAUACUAAAGGAUUUUAUGAAGGUGUUAUGACGAUUGGUGAAUUCAAAGGUAAAAAGGUGCAAGAUAUUAAGAAAGCUUUACAAAAAGUGUUGAUAGACAAAUCAGAAGCUGUAAUUUACUUUGAACCCGAGAAAAAAGUAAUGUCACGUUCUGGUGAUGAAUGUGUUGUGGCCCUGUGUGACCAGUGGUUCUUAGAUUAUGGUAAUCAAGAAUGGAAAAAUGCCACUUUAAAAGCUUUAGAAAAAAUAAACACUUAUUAUGAUGAAGUCAAGAAGAAUUUUAUUGGAUGCAUUAAUUGGUUACAUGAACAUGCUUGUUCCAGAACUUAUGGUUUAGGUACUAAAUUACCAUGGGAUACUAAAUGGUUGAUUGAGUCAUUAUCUGAUUCUACCAUUUAUAUGGCUUAUUAUACCAUUGCACAUUUUCUUCAAGGAGGCACUUUUAAGGGGACCGGACCAAACGUGCUUGGUAUCAAGCCAGAACAAAUGACUCCAGAUGUUUGGGAUUACAUAUUUUUUAAAGAAGCUAAAUAUCCAGAAAAAUGUGGUAUCAAAAAAGAGAGCUUAGAUAAGAUGAAGCAUGAAUUUGAGUAUUGGAUGCCUUUUGAUUUGAGAGUUUCAGGUAAAGAUUUAGUUCAGAAUCACUUAACCUACUGCAUUUUCAAUCAUUGUGCAAUCUGGCCAAAUGACAAUAGUAAAUGGCCAAAAAGUAUAUGGGCCAAUGGAUUACUAAUGCUUAAUUCUGCUAAGAUGUCCAAAUCUGAUGGAAACUUUCUUACUCUUUCUGAAGCUAUUGAUAAAUUCAGUGCUGACGGAAUGAGGUUAUGUCUUGCUGAUUCUGGAGAUACAAUUGAAGAUGCUAAUUUUGUUGAAAGCAAUGCAGAUGCUGGUAUUUUGCGACUCUAUACUUUCAUUGAGUGGGUGAAGGAAGUUCUGGCAAACAAGUCGACAUUUAGAACCGGGGCAUUCAAUAGCUUCAGUGAUGAAGUAUUCCAAAACGAAAUUAAUAAGAAAAUUAAAGAAUCAGAUGAGUACUACAAAAAUAUGUUGUUCAAGGAAGGCUUGAGAACAGGUCUUUUUGAAUUUCAAGCUGUAAGAGACAAGUACAGAGAACUAAGCUUAGAUGGAAUGCAUUAUGAGCUAAUUUUACGAUUUAUUGAGGUUCAAACUUUAAUUUUAUCUCCUAUCUGUCCUCACGUUGCUGAACAUGUUUGGGAACUUAUUGGAAAUAAAACUAGUAUUCUCAAUGCUUCAUGGCCGGUGGCAGGACCCAUUGAUGAAAUUAAAAUUAAAGCAUCCGAUUACCUCAUGGAAUGUGCCCAUUCAUUCCGAGUUCAUCUUAAAACCUAUAUGCAAGGUGUAAAAACUAAAAAUAACCCAAAUCCUCCACCUGUUGAAAAACCUAAUGUAAUUAAUAUAUGGGUUGCUAAGACAUUUCCUCAAUGGCAGACAUCUGUCUUAACUACACUAAAAACACAUUUUGAGAAAAAAAACGGCGUUCUCCCUGAUAAUAAAACUCUAUCUGCGGAAUUUUCCAAAAUGGUAGAGCUAAAAAAAUACAUGAAACGAGUAAUGCCUUUUGUACAAGCCACAAGGGAGAAAAUAGAGCAGUUUGGUGUCAAAGCUUUAGCUUUAACUUUAGAAUUUGAUGAAGCAGAAGUACUGAAAAUUAAUAGUGCCUAUUUGGCAAAUACUUUAGACCUUGAGGAAGUUGUAAUUAAGUUUACGGACGACCCAGAAGCUUCAGAAAAGAUGAAAGAAUGCUGCCCAGGUGCACCAUUUGUCUUGUUUUCGACAAAACCUGGAAUAAAGGUCGAAUUUGUAAAUCCCAUAGCUCAUAAUGGAUUAUUUUCAUAUAAUUUGAUUAUAAGUGAUGGUGAUACUUAUUCUAAAGUAAUUAAUAGACUCGCUAAAGAUAUUAAAGCUAUAAAAAAAGAAUCUUCUAUUGAGUUAUGGAGAUUCGAAGAUCCAGUACUAGGUCCAAGGAAAAUACCAGUAUUUGGGGAAUCAACUAAUUAUAAAAUUAAAAUACCAACAGAAAGUGUUUUCAAAAUCAUCGAUUCAAAAGUAAAAUUGGAAAUAAGUAAUGAAGUUAUCGAUGUAGGAACUCAAUUAACGUACAUUGUUGGGUGAAAAAAUCUUUUAUUUGUUUUAAUAAAAGCCAAAUUCAGUUUAAA